UGAACGGGCAUAGGACCGGAGCAACGCCCGUCUGAGAGGCUGGGAGCCGCCGCGGAGCAGCCCCGCAGCCUAAGGAAUCGCGCACCUGCAGCCCGCGCCGCACCGAAGCACGCCCUACCACCGGAGGCCACCACACCCAUCACUGAAUCAUGGGCCGCGGCGGCCUACGCCUAGGCAAGCAGGCGAGAGCUGUACCGCCGACGCGGAAGCCCAGAGCGGCGGAUAAAGUCGACCGAUUGAUCCAGGAGGGUUUGCGGAGGGCCUCGCGCCUCGCCGACGACGCCGUCGGCACGCGCGCGAAAACAAGAGGCACGCGGAAAUUGUGGAGGCCCUACGAUCCCGGGAACAAGCGCGUCGUGACGACGCAGGACGCGCGCAAGGCACUGAGGAGCGUCGGCGUCGAUGUGUCGCUCGAAGAGUUGAAAAGUGUCACUGGUGGUGGGGAAUUGGUGAAAUACGAUGCUCUUCGAAGGGCGCCGUCGCCCCAGAAGCAACGGAGGGGGCGGACCACGCAGCGUACUUACGGGAGGAGGCACGCGGAAGACGCGGAGCGAAGGCUUGUGUCUAGGAUGGCGUCGUCGUCGGAGGUGGCGCCGCUCAGGGUAGCUUUACGUAGGAGAGACAUGCACCGGUCGGGGCACCUCGCGCCCAGGGACUUCGUCCGAGCUAUCCAAGCCCACUACGGCGCGGAAACGUUGGAGCAAGACGAGGCGAACGCGCUGUGUGCCGAGUACGGCCCCUCUUCACAAACAGAGGGCGUCGCCGAUGCCCCGGGCAAGAACCACACGGAGGACUCGGACGCCGUGAAGGCGACGCUCCACCAUAAUGACGAGCGCGUGUCGUCGCAGCACUUCCGGGCGACGCACGCGGCCGUGGACUACGAGCGCUUCCUUGAUCGGAUUGAGAGCCAGGCCGACUCGAAGAAUGCGGUCCAGGCCGCCCAGCGGGCGAUGAUCACGCCCGCGCCGCCGGACCACCCGCCUCCAGUCGACGAGCCGCCCUACGCGCGGCCCGACGACCACUCGGCCAUUUCCCUGCGGGAGCCGCCGUCACCUUCUGGUCCAGACGUCAUGGAGACGGCCGCCGGGCGCCGGGCGGUCCGCGAGGUCGCUAGGGUGCUUGAUGACGAGACGGUGCGCGAGCGGUGGUUGCGGGACUGCAAGGGGCCCGUGGAGACGGUCGACGCGGCUCGUGUUAUGUUGCAGUCGUGCGGCGCGCGCUUGACGGCGACGGAGGCCGACGCCGCGGUCGCUUUGGGAGUUAUUGAUGGAGAGUUCUGCGGGAGAAGAUUAGCGAGGCGGUGCAUGGCCGCGGCCGACCGCGUCCAACCGAGCCGAAGUGAUGCGCCCCGGUCGCGGGCGGAGCGACAUGAAAGACUUGCCCUUGAAAGGGCGGCCCAGGCCGUCGCGCGCGCGUCGGGCUGCUUGGACGCAAGGGCUAGAAGGGAGGCGUCGGAGCGCAUCGCGCGGGCGUCCGGGUCGAGCGAUCUUCCCGUGCCGUCUCCCAAAAAAGUCGCCUUCGCGCUGCGCCAGCACCACGUCCUGAGUGAUGCGGACGCCGACGCUCUGGCUCUUGCCGCGGCGAAGCGCGCGCAGACGGUGCCGCUCGCCGAAGCUUUGCACGCCGUGCUUUUUAGAGGAAAGGACGCGGCCGUGUCCGAGGCGGAUCCGAAACCCCAAGGGCCGCGCGCGGUCCUGCCUCUGAAUGCGGACGACGCCGCCCCCACCACCAUCAUCUCGCUGGCGCGGGCGCCCGCGGCCAGCGCUCUGACCGUGCGGCCCGAGCACCGCGCCGCCGAGGCGAACAUCGCCGCGGCUUUAGAACGGCUCGCGAACGCCCCCUGCCCGACGUUUUUCAGUAGGACGGAGCCGUGUCCCAGAGCGAUCAGGAAGGGCUUUGGGCAGUGCCGCCAGCGCGAUUCCGUCAUCUGGUGCCUCGACGCGCCGUCUGUGGAAACGUACGUCGAGCCGCUCUACCCGGCCGGGUUAGAUGUUAGCGGCCAGGUGCGUUUCAAUAGAGGCUUGGGGCGCAAGCGCCGCUCGCGGUCCGAGCCGCCGCGCCGCUUCUCGACGACGUACGGCGACAUGGUGGCGCCUCCACAACCUCUUGACGCGCCCGCGGGCCAGGUUCAGGCCUUGCCGCCGCCGCCGCCGGCCCGGCCGCCGCGGCCGCCGCGCCGCCGGAGCAAGUCCUGCGCGCCUCCCAAGCCGAUCGGGGUGGUGCUCGGGCUCUGUUGACGUCCUUUUCCCCCUUUCCCCCGAUCUAAUCUUCCGGUC